AACCGCGCCUUAUCCAAAAUACAUGUUUGGAUAUAAAGGGUCAAUUUGGGUUAUUUAAGUACUGCAUAUUAAUGUUCCUGAAAAGUCAUUAAUACGGUUAAUUAGCAUUUAGCGGGAAAUAUUGAAAUUUUCCCGCACCAAAUAAUAAUAGAGCGUGGUAUACUUAUAAUAUAAACUAUAUCUUCAACCGGAGAAAUUGUACGUAUUCAUUCAAAUUCAGCUAUUUACCAAUCAAAUUUAAUCAAACUUCAUCAUGAUGUCAGGUUACGCAUUAAAAGGCUUCGUAAACUCAGGAAAUACAUGCUUCGUAAACUGCGUAUUGCAGUCUAUUCUCUCAACAAAGAGUUGCAAUGAAGGCCUAGGUCAACUUCUGCACAACAGGAAAAGAUGCACGGCGAACAAAGAAGGAACAAAAUGCAUAUUAUGCAGUACACUGAGUGUGUUCAAAUUGUAUAAUGGAGCAUCACAGGUGGUUCGACCAGCAGCACUGCUUUCUUGUUUGCCACAAAUUAUGAGCGGUUAUGUCAAAGGUUCCCAGCAAUGUUCAGCUGAAUUUUUCCAAUCAUUUUGGACAAUUUUGGAGGAAAAAGCUCAUCAUCUGCAAUCAACAGAACUUAUUCCACAAUAUUGUAGCCUUGAAUUUCUGAAUUCAUUUUGCUUCUCACUUAAUAGUGAGAUUCUAUGCAGCGAGUGUGGCAAUACUACAAGUAACAUUGCCACUGAGACAGUGCUUCCAUUAUCUAUAACAAAGGGAUUACCUUUACAAGAUUUGUUGGAUCAAUAUUCUGCAGCAAUUCAAUUGGAACAGCUCUACAACUGUGAAAGGUGUGGUAAAGGAACUGAUGCCUGGAAAAGAACCUUAGUGCAGAAUCUGCCACAGGUAUUAUGCAUUCAGUUAUUGCGCUUUGACGCAAACGGUCAAAAAAUAAGCUUGGAAAUAGAUUACCCACCUGAACUAACCAUACCCGAGUAUCAACGCGAUUUAAAUGAUGGCAGAAGUGAAACAUCGAGAGCAGAAUACACCCUUUCUUCAAUAAUAGCACAUGAAGGAAACCAAAUAUCGUCCGGGCAUUAUGUUUGCUUCGUUAACAGGAGCGGGAGAUGGUUUUAUACAAGUGAUACCGUUGUUAAAGAAACAUCACAGUUAGCAGCAUAUCACCAGAAGAAUGCAUACAUGCUCUUUUACGAGAAAAAAGGAGCGACAAGCCCACACUAG